AUGCGAACGCUGAUUUUUUUGGUAUUCUUCUGCUUCAUUGCCGGGAAUCUUUAUGCCGACCCAGUGUUACGAAUCCCACUGAAAAAGCAAAAAACGAUUCGUGAGCAACUGGUGGAAACGAAUUCAUGGCAUGAGUAUGUGCACAGAAGGCGUCAUUUGUUGAAAAAAUAUUUCCAUAAUCUCGCUAAUAACGAACUCUAUCUUCUAAAGGGGAAAAGCGCUAAUGAAAUUGAUGAAGUACUGAGAAACUACAUGGAUGCUCAAUACUUUGGUGAUAUAUCUAUCGGAACACCUCCACAGAACUUUACUGUUAUUUUUGAUACAGGGUCAUCAAACCUCUGGGUGCCAUCUAAAAGUUGUCCUUUUUAUGACGUUGCUUGUUUGCUUCAUCACAAGUAUGAUUCGAGUAAGUCAAGUACUUACAAAUCUGAUGGUCGAAAAAUGCAAAUUCAAUAUGGAACUGGAUCUAUGAAGGGAUAUAUUUCAUCAGAUACUGUUUGUUUAGCAGAUGUUUGUGCGAAGGAGCAGUUGUUCGCUGAAGCAACAUCAGAACCUGGGUUAACUUUUAUUGCUGCUAAAUUUGACGGUAUUCUUGGUAUGGCAUUCCCAGAAAUCUCUGUUCUCAACAUAACUCCAGUAUUUCACACUAUGAUUGAACAGAAAGUUGUUGCUGAACCGAAUCCACAGGACUCAAUUGGUGGGGAAAUUACUUUUGGUGGCGUUGACCCGAAAAGAUACGAGGAACCAAUUACUUAUAUACCGUUAACACGCCGUGGAUAUUGGCAGUUUACUAUGGACAAAGUUUUAGGAAACGGGGCUGCCCUGGGAUGUCAGAAGACUUGUCAGGCGAUAGCUGAUACUGGGACAUCUUUGAUUGCUGGUCCUAAGGACCAAAUUGAACGAAUCCAGAAUUAUAUCGGCGCUGAACCGUUGUUCAAAGGUGAAUAUAUGGUGCCCUGUGACAAAGUUCCAUCAAUGCCUGACGUAACGUUUGUGAUCGGCGGGAAAGAGUACAGUUUGAAGAGCACUGAUUACGUACUUAAUAUGACUGCAAUGGGAAAAACUAUUUGCCUUUCUGGGUUUAUGGGACUUGAUUUACCAACCAGAGUUGGCGAGUUGUGGAUUCUUGGUGACGUGUUUAUCGGUCGUUUUUACACAGUUUUUGACGUUGGCAAAGAAAGAGUAGGAUUUGCCCAAGCAAAACCGUCUUCUGAAAACGUGUAA